CAGGGUGAUUCCUACGGUUAUCAAGGCUACCUCUCACUGUAGCAUACCGCGCGCUCUGGGGAAAACUAUUUUCUUGCCUCUGGAUAAAUUAUCAGCUACAGGAAUGAUAUCUCCGCCGAUAAAGGGUUGAUGUUUCCUCACCGGGCGCCCCCAGGGUCGCUUUCAAGCCUGAGUGCCGACAGCUCGCCACCUCUGUCAGCCUCUUGAGCGAGUCGAUCGAUCGCCUCUAGCUCAGCAAGACAGCGCAAGAGGUUCCGCCGCGUCUGCCAGCGGUCGAGCCGAGCGGCCUCUGUGUUGCCCCCGAGCCCAGCUGCCUGGGCAGGACUGCAUCACCAUGGACACGGAGUCCACCUACUCGGGCUAUUCCUACUACUCUGGACGCUCCCGGGGAUCUCACAGGCAUGGGGAGCGAAGCCGGGACCGCCACAAGUCGCGCAGUAAAGACAGCCGCUCAGAAAAGUCUGUAACAAUUAACACGCCGCCUGCAGAGCCGCUGCUGGGUGACUCAGCUGUCCGGGGUGAGCAGGUCCAGGAUGACAACUGGGGCGAGACCACCACCGCCGUCACCGGCACGUCGGAGCACAGCCUCUCUCAGGAGGACAUCGUUCGCAUCACCAAGGACCUGGAGGACAGCGUGGGCCUCGACUGCCGCCGUUACUUCACCCUGACCCUGGCCGUGAUCCUGGGGCUGCUGGUGUUCCUGACGCCGCUGGCUUUCCUGGUGCUCCCCCACCUUCUCUGGCCGGAGAGGCUGCAGAGCUGCGGCACGGCCUGCGAGGGCCUCUUUAUCUCAGUGGCCUUCAAGCUUCUUAUACUGCUGCUGGCCGUCUGGGCGCUCUUCUUCAGGCCGCCACGGGCCGGCCUCCCGCGGGUCUUCGUCUUUAGGGCACUGCUCGCGGUGCUGGUUCUCCUCUUUGUGGUCUCCUAUUGGCUGUUCUACGGAGUGAGAAUACUCGACUCACAGGACGAGAACUACCAGGGGAUCGUGCAGUACGCUGUGUCGCUGGUGGAUGCUCUGCUCUUCAUCCACUACCUGGCCAUCGUCCUGCUGGAGCUCCGGCAGCUCCAGCCGUGCUUCUCCGUGUGCGUCACGCGCUCCACAGACGGAGAGACGAGGCACUACAACCUGGGACAGCUCAGUAUUCAGCGAGCAGCUCUGGCCAUCUUAGAGCACUACUACUGUGACUUCUCAGUCCAUAACCCGGCGUUGCUCUCCGCCUCCAAGUCCCGCGCCGCCAAGCACUUGGCCGGCCUCAAGGUCUACAACGUGGAUGGUGAGUUCCCAGCAGCCCCGGCUGAGGGUCCGGGGAACAAUGCGGCGUCGGGACUCGCCCACUCCCAGUCCAGAGCCAUGAUCGCAGCGGCUGCUCGCCGCAGAGACUCCAGCCACAACGAGCUGUAUUACGAGGAGGCUGAGCACGAGAGACGCGUCCGCAAGCGCAAAGCACGCCUCGUGGUGGCAGUGGAGGAGGCGUUCACACACAUCAAGCGCAUGCAAGAGGAGGAGCAGAAGAAGGCUCCGGGGGACGUGAUGGACCCGCGAGAAGCGGCGCAGGCCAUCUUCCCCUCCAUGGCCCGGGCCCUACAGAAGUACCUGAGGACCACCAAACAGCAGCACUGCCACAGCAUGGAGAGCAUCCAGCAGCACCUGGCCUUCUGCAUCACCAACAACAUGACGCCCAAGGCGUUUCUGGAGAGCUACCUGUCCCCGGGCCCGACCCUGCAGUACAGCCGGGACCACUGGCUGGCCCGCCAGUGGACGCUGAUCAGCGAGGCGUCGGUCACCAGCGGCCUGAAGGACGGCACCGUUUUCCUGCUCAAGUGUGUGGACUUCAACCUGGUGGUGACGGCCAAGAAGAUCCCCUACAUCCAGAUGUCAGAGGAAUACAUCGACCCCAAGUCACACAAGUUUGUCCUGCGGCUACAGUCCGAAACCUCCGUGUAGAAUCUUUUUUUUUUUUUUUACUCCUCACCCUGUUUCGUUGCUCUCAAACGUUUCCAUUUCGGGUUUGCAGUUUUUUAUUUUUACUUUUUUGGAAUUUUUCUAUAUUAUAUAUGAAUCUAUAUAUCACACACACGUUUGAAUUUGUUGAUCGUUUUUAUGUUUGAUUUGGACGAAAAGAAGAAUUGCAGCAGGAUUAUUAUGCUCGCAGGAGUUUGGACGCCUCGGACAUGGACUCAUGUGCACAUACAGUAUGCGUGAGUGUAUGUGCGUGUGUGUGUGUGUCAUUUUGUGUCACUGUCCACUCGUUCCUUUCAUGUUUGUAAUGCUGGAGUGAAACAAGACGGGAACAUUUGAGGUUGUGUGACGUCCCCACAGAGACUCUAUUUGUCUUGGCCACUCCUUCAUUUCCAUGGGACAAAGACAGACUGACAGACAGACAAACCACUAAGCACUCGGAUGCUUUCGGACGUCAACAGAUUGGGAAUCAAACUGAUUUUUUUUUUUUUUUUGAAAACCAAAUUAAAUGCAUUUGAUAAAAAAAAAAUGAAACCAAACUUCAAUCAGAUUUUGCAUUAGAUGCACAUUCAUGUAUGUUUGUAAAUUAAAAGGCCUAAAAAGGUCGGAAUAUAUGAUCUCGAACUGCUCAAAAAGGACGUCAGACUGUUUUCCUUUCCUCAUCACUACUUCGGGACAUCUGCCGUCCUCUGGAUAAACACUUGUUUUGACAUUUGAGAUGUCAAACCCUGACAUGUCCGGGCCGAAGGCGUACAGUAGCACCCCUGAGUGCUAAUUUUAGCUGCCAAAGUGGGACGCUUUGGGUCGUUUGGUGCACAAUUCCUCUCCAGGUGCAAUGGAGCAAAAUCAGAAAUAUUUCCACUCCAGUUGGGAACAACACAUGCAUGCCGUGUUAAACACCGGGGGUGAACUCCGAAUGAACCAGGCCAUACGAGACGCACAGAGGUGGAUACAUGCCCAAAAACAUUUGCCCUGCCUCAUCAGUUCAGUGACCUUCUCAGGGCUUUCAUGUCUGCCAAAUCUGCCUGACAUGAUGGAAGGGGAAGGCAGCGAGGAGGAGAGACAGAGCCGCCAUGUCAAAAAUAAAAAGUACUACUGAUUACCCCAGAAUCCCCCUCUGUGGGUUACAGGAAAAAAUCUAAAUACUGUAAAUUCCCAGAUAAAAAUCAGGUAUUUAAAUAAUGAACAUGUAAAUUUCCACUGCACAAACUCCCUCAGUGCAGCAACAGUAUCAUGUGAUCUUCACCGCCCUGCUCUCUUGUUUAACAGAGACGAUGAAAGAUGGUUGUUAAGCCGACACUUCCUGAUGUUUUUCACAUUAAAAGCCUGCCUGUAAAAAGAAGGCUGUUGAUGUUAAUGUGAAAAUUCGGGAGGAAGUGUCGAGUUUCUCAACAUUGUCUGGGGGACAAAGGCUUGUGGAAAUGGUUAUUCUGUUUAAAGUAGGAUUUGAUGUUUCAGGGCUCCGAGGGUUUGCUUGUAUCACUAGAAUAUAUAAUAGAUGCUAAUGAAUCAACAGAGUGUGUACCAACAGUGAGAGCAGCAGCAGCAGCAGGGUGGAACCUCCUUCCCAACUGGACCGUCUGGUUUUCUUUCACUGCCUUGUUUCACCUCUGUUUGUCUGAGAGACACGCUUGCAGGGAAUCCCUCGAGGUUUGGCCACUUCACUGGAAAACUGAGAAUGUUUUUUCUUAGCAUUUCUUUCGCCUGAUGAAUUGGCUGUUUUUUAAUUUUUUUUUUUUUUUGUAAAGCCAGAAAAAAUACAGUGAAAUGAAGCUAAUGGCACUAAAACAACACUUUAAGAUCCCAUCUCAUUGGACCGGUCGUAAGGGAUCCAGUGAAUUCACCAAAGGGAGUCACACCAAGCUCACCAAUAAGUCACUCAGGAAGGAAAACAUCAUACUAAUAAUAUCCUGUGUGGCGAUGAGGCAGGGUUGUCCCCUACUGCCCCCUGGCUGGCAAAUUUAAUAUUACCACUUUGUCUGCCUGAGGGCAGCAGCAACGUGUUUUCACACUAAACACAAAGAUACUGUUCAGUUUUGCAAAAACAUUCUUUCACUGUAAACUUGUAACUGUUAAUCCAUCUGGAAAGAACUAAAAAAAAAAAAAACAAAACACUUUGCUGUUUCCUGUGCAAUGAACUCACAGCAAACACCUUUUUUUU